CAGGUUUUAGUUCCUCGCCGGACCCAAUGUCAGUGCACACAUGAACCUGUCAUGGCGUCCUUCAAUUUUAGGUCACUGGAAUAGACGUUGUGCGAUCUGCAUGCUAUUAUCGAAAAUUUCCUCACGAUGCUGAUCAGGGCUGCAUGCCAGCACCUCCAACACCGUUUCAGGUCGACUGCGGUCGCAGCAGCAGCGCGUGUCGAGGUUCUCAGCCACCGCAAUGCAGUCUUCUCCAGAGAGCAAGCCCGGCAGCGGGCUCUGUACCCCCGUGUGGAGAAGAUCGAGGUGUCCAUGCAGGGCGUGGGGCUGGAUGGUACUCUUCUCAUCAUGAACAGAGGAAUGUCCACACCGCAGAGCUGUGCCAUGCACCUGACAGAGCAUCAUGUGACCAACUCUGCUUUGGCCCUGGUGGAUGGCGAACCAUGGCCUCUCCACCAGCCGCUCACUCGCUCCUGCACGCUCACGUUGCUCACAUUUAAAGACAGCGACCCCACAUUGGUCAACCAGGCUUAUUGGCGUUCCUGUGCUGCCCUUCUCGGUCAGGUGCUGGAGACGGCGUUCAAGGACCAGUUGUCCGUGGAGUUGCUCAGCACACCAGAAGUGCCAGUGACUUCAGGGGCUUUUCUUUGUGACUUGGUCCUGGACCCUCAGCUGGACUCUUGGACUCCCUCUGAGGAAUCGAUGCGCUCUCUGACGAGAGGAGCUCAGCAGCUCAUCCUCCAGGAUUUGCCCUGGGAGCCUCUGGAGGUGGACCCCUCGGUGGCACUAGAAGUGUUCUCGCACAGCAGGUGUCAACAGGAAGCGGUGGAGCAGAGGGCCGCCCAGAAUCCCAAAGUGAUGCUUUACAGAUGUGGCGACUAUGUUCUGUUGAGCGGGGGCCCCCUGGUGGCCAGAACGGGCCUGUGCUUUCAGUACGAGGUGACGGCGCUCCACAGUCUGGGUGGAGGGCGCUGGGGCCUCCACCGCCGCGCGCAGGGCCUCUCACUGCCUUUUCAGCUGGAGGCCCACCACACAGUCUGGAGGAAACUGAGGAAGCGGGCAGAGAAACUGGUGGAGGUGCAGCUGCCUGAGAAAGUGACUCCGCCCCCUGUUGCUCCUCCCACUCCGCAAUCAAGCGGCCAGUAACACCAGAAUUGUCUACACACUCGCACAAACACACACACACUUGCCCUGUAUUGUCUGACCAAUAAAAUUGACAAAACAAACUGCCAAA